AUGUACGCACGUCGGCGGUUCGGGCACAGCAUCUGCAGUCACGUCCGGUCGUCGCCCCGUCUGUCGCCGCUGCGUCCUCGUGCUCGCACAUCGUCCACGCGGUCGUCAUCUGACGACUCAGAAGAGCGCAUCGUCUCGCUGCUCGUCGUGAACCGACCGGGCACGUUGGCCCACAUUGCCAAGGUCUUUGAACAGGCCGACAAGAACAUCACGAGUCUCUGUGUCCGCUCGACCGUCGUGCCCGAGCUCUCGCGCGUCACGAUCACGUGUUUCUUGCGUGACUACGAGCUCGUGGCGCUCCGAACGCGCCUCGGCGCGCUCGUCUCGGUCACGUUUUUCCACGUGACGUCGGUCCCGUUUUGUGUUUUAAACAAACAGCUGGUGCUGCGGUCGCAGCUGCUGCUACAGAUUCGACGCCACGCGCGGCGACAGAGCGAGUUGCAGAAAGUCCUGCACGCGUUCCAAGCUGAGCUCAUUGUGCCAGACGACGAACAGGACGCAGAACAGGACGAGCCGCUCCUGGCCGUGGAUGACGACCACGACGGUCGUCAUCAAAGGCGUAAUCGCACGCCUCCUGAUGAUGGCCAUUUGACGCCCGAUGACCGCUUGCCGCAUGACGGGAACGACGGCAGUUCAGAAGCCUCAACAUCGACGCAGUUCCUGGCGCUGGUUGACGAGCCCAGUCGAUUGACAAUGUUCGUGGCUGCGCUGGUGGAGAAAGGGUUUCAGAUUCGAGAGAUGCAGACGUGUGGGCCGCUGUUUCUCGAUACGUCGCACUCGACGUUGGAUCCCGACAGCGUGUCUUCGUUUCGACGGAAAGUCGCGCUAGAAGUCGAUACGUUGCUGUUGGAUGCACGCGCGAGCCGAGCAACGGGGCCUGUCGUCGACAAGGCAACGACAGAGCGCGAGGGUCUAAGCGGAAGGGAUCGUGGGCGUACAGACACAGCGUUCGCAGAUACCCACGUCACGGUUCCCGUACCGCCGACGUCGACGUUUCAGCUCCACACGGACGAUCGAGGCCGUUUCUCGGCGAACCGGUUGGAGUUGCACGCUCGUAUUGCACAGCAGCUGUACUCUUCUGUGCCGCAGGACGUGACGGUUCCCAAGUUUGUGCUACUGCUGGGAAUCCCCGGCGCGGGCAAGUCGACCAUGCUGAGCCAUCUGGACCUCGUGGGGCAGCUCACGCUUCAAGAUUAUGCAAACUUUGACAUUGACGAUGUCAUUGCACUGCUGCCAGAGUUCUACCACGCAGUGCUGAACGUGGGCUUAGGCAAUGACCCGGAGAGCUGCAGUGCGCCCGACUCGGGAGGUGCGACAAAACAUGCCAAGCGAGUUGCAACACUGUUGCCAAAGCCACAAACACGAUACCAGCUUUGCCGUGACGAAGCGCGCUUCAUUAUCAGGAAGAACCUCGACAGCGCCAUCAUGUCACGCAAGAACGUUAUUCUGCAUGGCAGUGGCAAAAGCUUUGACAGCUAUGCUCGCACUGUUGACCAAGUGAAGGCAGCCGGCUUUGAUGUUCACGUGAUAUGUCUCGACAUUCCAACACCAGAAGCUUACAAGCGGGUAGUCAAGCGCAGCAGAGGCUAUGGACGUGACGUUCCUCGACUUGUCAUCGACACGGCAUCGUCGCUGGUUACGCAAAACUUCCGUCGACUCGCGCAUCGUGUGCCCAACGCCCACCUCUUUGACAGUUUGGGGAUCCCGCCACGGCUGGUGUGGAGCAAGCAGCAGUCGGUGACUGUCACGGAGCAUCCAGACGAUGAUGUACAGCGAAAGUAUGGCAUCAAGUAG